UAUUUUUAAAUAAAAUAAUUACAAGUAUCGAUGGAUUUUGUAGCAUUUUAUUAAAUUAAUACAAUUAAAAACCACAAGUCAUAUGAAAGCUUAUUUCAUCUCAUUGUUUUUUCUUGAAAGAAAUGCCUUUACCUUUUUUCCAAUGUCUGACGAAACCUAAGCCCUAUUUUAAAUAUUUGUCAACCCUUUAAUAUCUCACUGAUUGUGUGGCUAUUUGUUAGGUUAAAUUUUUCAAAUUAUCGAAACCAUAAAAAAGCAUCAUUAUUUCACUAGGUACGUGUUUGUAAAUAUUCUUCAAGUUUUCUCAGACUUCCUUGAGCACAAACUCAAAGAAAACAUACUAUUCCUUUUUCUCGCAGAAGUAAAUUAUUACGAGAGAUUUCAAUGAGUUCCCAGAAACAAUAAAGAAUUUCAAAACCAACUCCUGGUGACAAAUAAACCAACAAGAAAUACAUACCUUCCUCAACUCGAUUUUCCAUACAAAUUGUGGUUUUCUUAAGGCUUUAUUGUUCUAGUUUUACCCUUUUUUGCAGCAUCAGUCUAAGUUUUAAAAGAAACUUUGCUGAAAUUUACAAAGAAGCCCCAAAACCAAACACCAAAUACUUGCAAUCGAGAAAUUCUAGGAAACAGAUCCUUUGAAUUGAUUUUCAACGUUUAUUUUGGUAAAAUUGCAUUAAAUUUUGACAUAAAAAGCCAUUUUAUUUUUGAUAGGCUGGAUAACUUAAAACGUCAUUAUACUACAAACGUGUGUAUUUUGUGCCCUUUUUUUAAACCAUUGCGUUAUUAUAUAUGUUUGUGUAUAUAUGAUAUGAUUUUAAGUGUAGGGGUGGUACCGAAUAUGAAGAAGGCACUCCAUCUGCUAGUAUGGAAUAGCCUGGGCUUCGUAUAAGAUCCUGCGCAUCACCAAAUGUCCGUUACGUAAUUGGUUGAAUACAAAAUAAAUAGCAAAAUGCUUUUUUAGCUAGAGUGAGGCAAAGGCAAACGCAAAACAGGAAACAUGCCACAGGUAGUAGAUUUCUUUUGUUGCACAUCGAUUGUGUCUGUUUCGAUUCGAGACUCGAAGUCGUUGAGUCUGUGAUUUUGUUCCAACCAGAGUGCACUUGUUGCUCUUUUGAAACAAAAUAGCAAAAUCUCUCCCACACCAAUACACACACAUUAAUCGUCCUUGCAAAGGAUUUUACAUUGAUAUCGUUAUGAUUCGAAGACGGUAAUAUUGAAAUCAAUCCAAAUAGACAGACAUUCGGUAUUUGGAUUUCGGUGUGCUAACGGCGGAUUUGGAUUACGUUCUCGGAGUGUCCUUUUGAUAAAAAAAAAUAUAGAAGAAAAUUCGGAUAAAAAAAUAUCAUUCGAUAAAAAGUUCAAAAAAAUAAUAUUGUGAAUAAUUACAGGUGCAGAAUGUGCGUUAAAAAUUACUUCAUUUUGUUUAAUGUUGAUGCUACCUGAAUUUUUUAAACCCCAGACAAAAAAUAAAGAAAUCAAAAGUAUUAAAAAUUUUGUUUUCAUAAAAAAGUGUUACAAAAAAAAUACGCCUGAAACAGAAAAUUUAGAUAUUUUUCACCUUCUCAAAAUUGGAAUUAAUAAAAGCUGUUAUCAAACAUGGAAGAAGAAAACGACGAUAAGGAUGACACGAAAAGAAAGUCCAGAAAUCUCAGUGAGAAAAAACGUCGUGAUCAGUUCAAUAUGCUGGUGAACGAUUUAAGUGGCUUAAUAUCAUCAACAUCUCGCAAAAUGGAUAAAUCCACAGUCCUUAAAUCAACAAUUGCAUUUCUUAAACAUCACAACGAAAUAACUGAUAAAUCAAAAAUUCAUGAAAUACCUCAAGACUGGAAGCCUUCAUUUCUUACCAAUGACGAAUUUUCACAUCUUAUGCUCGAGGCACUCGAUGGAUUUAUUAUAAUAUUCUCCAGCAAUGGUUCAAUACAUCAUGUAUCUGAAAAUGUAACAUCACUUUUAGGUUAUUUACCGAGCGAUCUAUUGAAUAUGACAAUCUUUGAUUUAGCAUAUGAAGUUGAUCAUGAGAAACUAUACAACAUCUUUCUGAAUCCAGCGUUAGUGAUCGAUCCGCCUAAAAUCGAAGUAUCACCCGAAACUCAGAUAAAUGUUUUUGUUCAUCUUAAACGUGGUGUAUUGGAUAAAGUUGAUACUACGGCAUAUGAAUUGGUGAAACUUGUUGGUUAUAUAAAAAAAGAUGUUACAAAAUCAGAAAGUACAACGUCAAAUACUCAUUCCCGAUCGUUUUCGACGGAUAGCUGUGAUAAAGGUCUAACAUUUGUUGGAACUGGACGUGUGCAAAUGCCUCAAUUAAUUCGGGAAAUGUCCUCAAUAGAUCCGUCCAAGGAUGAAUUCACAUCGAAACAUAGUAUGGAAUGGAAAUUUAUAUUCCUAGAUCAACGAGCACCUCCAAUUAUUGGUUAUAUGCCAUUCGAAGUACUCGGAACUUCCGGUUAUGAUUACUAUCAUUUUGAUGAUCUCGACAAUAUUAUAAGUUGUCAUGAAGAAUUAAUGCAAAAAGGUGAAGGUAAAUCAUGUUACUAUCGUUUUUUAACCAAAGGUCAACAAUGGAUUUGGUUGCAAAGUGAUUAUUACAUAUCGUAUCACAAUAUAAGCUCAAAGCCCGACUAUGUUGUUUGUACGCACAAGGUGGUUAGUUAUGUUGAUGUGAUUAAACAAAAUAAACUCAACAGCAGUAAUAAGACCACGGCCAAAUGUACUUCAGCAACAGUUACGCUUAGAGAUCUCGAAGGUGCGGCAGCAGUUGGUGGAAGUGGUAGUGUAAGUGGGGUGGAUGUUAGUGGGAUUGAGAAAAUGCCAGCAACAACGACAACCAAGUCACCCGAAAUAGACUCAAGUAUAGUUUGGCCACAAAGAGCAGCAAAACUUGCGAAUUACGGAAGUAUGACAUCGGCUGCAGGUUUAUCUAGUAAUGUGAAGCGAAAACGUUACUCCCACACCAGAUGCAAUGAAUCUGAUUAUACCUCAGACUCAUCGUCGAGUAGGCACUCUCUAAUGACGCAUCUUAGUUCGCAAGCAAGAAAUCGACAUAACUUAUCAUCUCAAUUACAUCAAGCGCAGCAGCAACAACAACAACAGCAGCAGCAUUCUAUGUCAACUCAUCAACAGCAACCCCACCUACAACAUCAAAUGCAACAGCAGCAAAUGCAAUCUCUGCCCCAUACUAAGCUUACAAAGAUGUCUCAACAAGCAAUAGGUCUUCAGCUGGUUUCAAGUCCGCCUACUCAAUUCGCUCAGCCAACCUAUCCCAUGCGAAAUCCCCAGCUAAUGGGACACACCUUCCUCGAGCCACAACAGUAUCUAGCAGCAAUACCUGUGCAGCCAGUGAUAGCACCCUUCCCAAUGACCCCAGUCCUUUCUCCAAUGAAUAAUUCUUCCGAUAUUCUUCCUAGUGUAAUGAUGACACAAACUCAAACCCAAAUACAAGACCAGCUCCAACGAAAGCACGAUGAGCUGCAAAAGAUGAUAUUCCAGCAACAAGAUGAACUUCGACGAGUGUCUGAGCAGCUUUUAAUGGCGCGUUAUACCAUCAUACCAACAUAUAACAAUCCCAAUCAGAAUAGGCAUUUUCAGUUGGGCGCCAGUUCCAUAGACCAUCACCAGCAACAACAACCACAAUUUGUCAACUACAACUAUGGAAUGAAUGACCAACUGCAAAAUACCCACCACGAUGUUCCUAUGCACCAGCAACAGCACCAGCACCAGCAACAACAACAAACGCACCAGCAGCACCCCCAACAGCAAUCAACUCAAUCUCUGCAGCAACAAAUGCUACCGAGAAAUCCACCUGUACCUGAUUUGGAGCAAUAUGGCCAUGAAGAUAUCGAUGCGUUCUUGAAUGCCGAAGCACUCCAGCCAACGCUUGUCCUACCAUCACCAUCGCCAACCACAAUGAACCCACAACAACAGUUGCAACCCCACCAACAGCCUUCUGCAAUGUCCAUGAAUCCGCAUAAUCUCGGUGUGCAACAGGAUGAUAGUUUAUUGUCAUACAUGCACAUGCAAACUGAACCGACGACGACAUCAAACCUGCACUUUCAAAUGGGCAUUAGUGACGAUGGUUCGGAGAGUCGUGGUGAAGAUGUCACCGUUGCUGGGCAAAAUCGCUUCAACCCCUACCAAACGCAAAGCAAUCAAUUGCCAAAUGAUUUGGAGAUUCUGCCAUAUCAGAUGUCACAGGAAACGUCCCAGAUACUUUUCAACUCACCUCAUACGCCUGGACAAAGUCAAUAGGGGUGGCAUUAACCAGAUUGCGUUGUUCGCAUUCACAGCCCUUCGUAAUCUGAUAUAGCAACCAAUAACAUCAACAACAACAUAUUGUCAGUGCUAAGGUAUUAUUGUAUUAAUUAUAAAUAAAUUAAUUAUAGAACUUAAUUAUAACAAAAAAAAAAUGUAAAUAUAUAUGAAAUGCUAUGUAAAUGUGGAGAAUGUUAGUAUAACAAAUUUUUUUGUAAAUGUUUGAUUUGUCUGUGUAUGAUGUAUGUACGAGUAGGUAAUAUUUGUGUAGUUAUAAUAAUCAAAAAUGUACACAUAAUAAUAAUAUUAGAAAUAUUUUUUUAUAUUGAAAAUAAAAUUAAGAAAAUAAAAAAAAA